AUGCCGGAUUUCAUAAGCAAGCUUCUGACUGAAUCCACCGUUGUGUCAUUCAGUGACCCCAAGCUCAAGUACAAGCUCAAGAAGCGCGUCGGACACGGUGGCUUUGGCAAUGUGUUUGAGGUCCAGAGGCUCAAGGACCAGCAAGUCUUCGCCAUGAAGGUUGUUCCCACGGCUACGCGACUCACGCAAGCCAAGAAUCACCCCAAUGUCAUGGAGCUCCUGGACCUUCUCGUCUUUGAAGAACUGAAGGAAGGCGGCAUCAUACUGCAGUUCGCUACCGAGGGUAACCUUCAUGACCUUCAUCGUCGACUUCCCAAGAGCCAACAUGCAGCUUUGUCGCAGCUCGUGACCUACGAAAUGACCGGAGCCCUUGACCACAUCCAUUCCCUGAAGCCAGCAAUUGUCCACAAAGACAUCAAGCCUGACACCAUCCUGGUCUUUCUUGCUGGCACUGAGCGCGAACCGCACUAUCUUCUCAAACUCGCUGAUUUUGGUAUCUCUAAAACCGUUGACGAUGACGCGGACCCAGACCUCNCCCACGAGCCCAUGUCUGGUCGCGCCUACGAGCCUUACAGAGCUCCCGAGACUGCAAAGGAACUCGGAGACGUUCACACUCGAGGCUUCGAAAGCAGAGCAGACAUCUGGUCUCUUAAAGUUCUCCUGUUGAAGAUUCACAAUACCACUGUCAGCAACUUCUUGGUCGCGCCCACUCGCUGCAGCACUCCCACACAGGCUCUUCCCCUGAUCAAAGCCAUGUUGACUCAAGAUCCUUCAAGACGUCCUGCAGCCCAAGACUGCAAGAGAUAUCUCUGGUACAGGGAAGGAGCCAGCACAGUCGUUCACAAAGUUGCCAACGGAUCCAAGGACAACAAUCCUCUGGGUGACAGCAUGAAGCGUCUGAGCAUCGAUUAG